AAAAAACCAAAACCGAAAAACCAGAACCCAUUAGAUUCUUGCAACUUCAAAAACCCCAUCAAAAUCCAGUCUUCAUAAAACCCAUAUCUCACAUUCUCCAGACUCAGCCUGAGAACCCAUCAGCAAGAACCAAUCUUUUUCAAGAAACCAAUCUCAGCACUCAUUUCUUGGCGAAACCCAGUUUCUCAUCUCGGUCAAGAUGAACAAGUCUGAUCAAACUCCUCCUCCUUCAUCGAAGCCAUCCUCUGUUCUCCCUCGAAAGACCCCAGACCUCACAGAGCAUUAUACACUUGGCGAGAAAAUUGGCCGAGGUUCAUCUGGCACUACUUGCCUCUGCACAGACAAAUCAAAUGGCAAACAAUACGCUUGCAAGUCAAUCCUAAAGAGCACUCUGAAUAGCAAAGAAGACUAUGAGGAUGUUCUGAAUGAGAUAGAGAUCAUGCACCAUCUCUCUGAGCUUUCAAAUGUGGUCAGAAUCAGGGAAACUUAUGAAGAUUCUGAGUCUGUUCAUUUGGUGAUGGAGCUUUGUGAAGGUGGAGAAUUGUCUCGAAGGAUUAAAGAGAAUAAGCGUUUUAAUGAGAGGAAGGCUGCAUGUUUAAUUAAGACUAUAGUUGAAGUUGUGGAGGGUUGCCAUUCUCUUGGGGUGAUGCAUGGAGAUCUUAAGCUUGAGAAUUUCUUGUUUGUGAGUAAAGCUGAGGAUGCUUCCCUCAAGGCUAUUGAUUUCGGGUUGUCGGUCUUUUAUAAGCCUGGUGAUGUAUUCAACAAAAUAAAUGGGACUGUUUAUUAUGUUGCACCGGAGGUAUUGGAAAAAAAAUAUGGCCGAGAGGCAGAUGUAUGGAGUGCUGGAGUGAUCUUAUACUUGUUAUUGAGCGGUUACUUUCCAUUUUAUUCAGCUUCAAAAGAUGCCGCUGAGACCUUCAAGAAGAUCUUCGAUCAGAUCUUAAAAAAACCUCUGAAUUUCAAAUCUGAACCAUGGCCGUCCAUCUCUGGUGGUGCUAAAGACCUUGUACAUAAAAUGCUAAAUCGUGAUCCGAAGAAAAGAUUUACAGCUCAUCAAGUUCUCUGUCACCCAUGGAUUGUUGGUGAUGGAGUUCCUCCUGACAAACCUUCGGAGUCUGCUGUUUUAUCGCGGCUAAAGCGAUUCUCAGAAAUGAACAAAUUACAGAAGAUGGCUUUGAGAGUUAUAGCAGAAAAGAUGCCAGAAGAAGAGAUAGGGGGACUAAAGAAACUGUUCAAAAUAUUCGACACCGACAGUACUGGGACAAUAACAUGUAAUGAACUAACAGAGGGUUUAAGAAAAUUAGGCUCGGAUCUGAUGGAGUAUGAGAUGCAAGCUCUUAUGGAAGAGGCUGACAUGGACAACAGUGGCACAAUAGACUGUAAUGAAUUUCUUGCUGCGACGCUUCACUUGAAUAAGUUGGAGAGAGAGAACUUGAGGAAUGCUUUCUCCUUCUUUGACAAAGACGGGACUGGUUACAUCACCAUCGAUGGUCUCUCACAAGCAUGUAAAGAUUUUGGCAUAGGUGACAACCAUCUUAAUGAAAUGAUCAAAGAAAUUGACCAAAACAAGGGUUGGAAGAUAGAUUACAGCGAGUUUGAAGCCGUGAUGAGAAUGGGAACUGCAGAAAAAUAGAGCAUUAAAUAGCUCGGAGGAGACAUUAAAUAGCUCGAAGAUACAUACAUGAACUGAUGUUACACUAUAUUCUGUACAAAAGAACAGUAUCCUGAAUGAACAAAUGAUGAAGAAAUUGGAUAAAUAGAAUGGUGAUAA